CCGGGAUUGGCAGGUUUUAUUAUUCCGCCUGAACAAGCCGGGGGCGGAUUGGCUGCGGCGGGCCGGGCGGCGGGGCCGGCCCGGAGUGUAGUUGGGAUUGCGCCCUGUCAGUAACACAUGUGCGAGGGGCAGCGGCCGCACACGCACGCGGGCUCACGCGCGCUCACACCCGCUCGCACACCCGCGCGCGGCGGGGACACGCGCGCCCACGCGCGGCCGCCCCCCCCCCCGGCCCGCCCUGCCCUGCUCUCCUCCGCUCUCCUCCUCUCCUCUCCGCGGCCGCCCGGCUCGGCUCGGCUCGGCUCGGCGGGGAGCUCGGCAGCCGGCGGAGGGGGCGGGGGGGAGGCGAUACAAAGUGAAGCCACAUUGCCAAACUUACCCGGCGAUUGCGGCAGCCGGCGGCGGCGGCGGCGCCCUGCGUGUGCGGCUCCGGCGGCGGGGGGCUGAGCUCUGCGGCUCUCCCCUCCGGGGAAGCGGGAGCCGCGGGGAGGACCGCGGGCAGCCGCCCCUCGUAGCGGCAGCGCUGCUCGUCCAGCCCGGGCUGCCGCUCCCCGGGCUGGGGGCUCCCUCCGGAGCAGAGCCGCAGCGCGGGCGAGCGAGCGCGGCGCUGGUUCCCUCGCACGGCGGCAGCCUCCGCGGUGACCCCGAGCGACGCCGCUCCCGGCCUCUGGCAAUAUAGAGGGGAAGCAGGCCAUGGUGAACCCCGGCGGCAGCUCGCAGCCGCCCCCGGUGACGGCGGGCUCCCUCUCGUGGAAGAGGUGCGCCGGCUGCGGGGGGAAGAUCGCCGACCGCUUCCUGCUCUACGCCAUGGACAGCUACUGGCACAGCCGCUGCCUCAAGUGCUCCUGCUGCCAGGCCCAGCUGGGGGACAUCGGCACGUCCUGCUACACCAAGAGCGGCAUGAUCCUCUGCAGGAACGACUACAUCAGGUUAUUUGGAAAUAGCGGUGCUUGCAGUGCCUGUGGACAGUCCAUUCCUGCUAGUGAGCUGGUCAUGAGGGCACAGGGCAAUGUCUAUCAUCUUAAGUGUUUUACAUGCUCUACCUGCCGGAAUCGCCUGGUCCCAGGAGAUCGGUUUCACUACAUCAAUGGCAGUUUAUUUUGUGAACAUGAUAGACCUACAGCUCUCAUCAAUGGCCAUUUGAAUUCACUUCAGAGUAAUCCACUGCUGCCAGACCAGAAGGUCUGCUAAAAGGUCAGAGUAAUGCAGAAUGCGUGCCUUCAUCUCAAAUUUUGUUCAUCACAGAUGGAUCCAAUGUCUCCAAGUAGACAAGUCACCUUUGUAGCUAGCAUCAGUGCCAGCUCCAUACCAUUGCACCUUCUUUAUUCUUGAUUGCCCUUCCCACAUUUAUUGGUGUAUUAAAAUGACUGAAUAUGAACAUUAAGGACUCCAUGAACCUGGGCUAAUGGGAGACUGUAGAGAAAAUGAAAAAAGAUCCACCGGAGGACAUCUUUGGGGGGGCGGGUGGGGAAGAUGACUAAUGAAGCUAAUUAAAAGAAGCAUUGAAAUCUGCUUUCUACCCUCAUUAACAAUUAGCAGGGCACUGGCCAGUUUGUACCCUGUGUUUUACCUUAACAACAUUCUAUUUGCUCUUUGUAUAUUUAAGUGUUGUAAGGAAAUGUGUUUCAAUCAAACUGAACAUGAGAUAAAGGAAAGAUGUGGCUUUUGUGAUAUUCUAUCACAAACACUUUUAUUGUAUCUCUGUAAAAUACAAUGUAUGUAUGCAUGUAAGUGUUUUUGUCCUAAUGUUGCUACUUCCCAUGGCAAAAAAAAAAAGAGAAAAAGGAAAAAAAAAGUCAGGCUCAUAGCAGCUACUGUGUAGAAAUUUUCACCUACUUCUAAUUUGCUGAAUGAAGAAAAAUCUUUUAUUUGUGAUAUUUUCAGAGACAUUUGCUCUAGUAUGGUGUAUUUAAA